AUGGCGAUUGGCGCCAAAGGUGGCGGCAUCGUGUUGAUUGGGCUGUGUUGUGGCGAUUGGCGCCAAAGGUCGUGGCGGCCACGAGAGGUGCUCUUUUGUGCCCGGCAUAUUGAAGGUUUUCUUGUUGGGGAACUGCAGAGUGAAACCACGAGCACCGCCGUUUCAGACUAUCCAUCCGAUACUAUUGAAGUUGUGAAUAAUACGCUUGACAUACAAAGAUACAUUCCAUGCCACCGGGCUUUCAGCUUUUAUAGCUCAUCAGGUGAAGUCAACGAGGAGAUUCUGAGGAAGAUCUGCGGUGAAAAGAAUGUGAUUGGAUGGUACAAAUUCAGAUGCAAUUCGGACCAAAUCAUCACCUUGCGAGAGAAGAUACUUCACAAAAAUUUACAGCGACUUCUUCUGAAUCCGGGAUUCGUUUUCCUGUUACUGACCCCAAACAUAAUCACGGAAAGCUGCUCCACUUAUACAAUGGAUUAUGCAUUACAUGUACUUAAGGAUGGAUUUUUCCAAAGAAUGUCUUUAGUGGUGUCCAACUUAGCUAUGGCAGAGGAGCAGGGAUAUAAGACUGUGUCAGGUGCCUGCACAUCCAUUGGCUUUAGCCAAGCAACCUGCGUACAUAGUUCAGACUUUUUUGACCAAGAGGGAGAUUUAAGAGACAUACCAAAGAUUACUCAACUUUGUGCCAGUAUGCAAGAAGAAUUACAGAAAGCAAGCGUUGAACUAUAUGAGAGUGAGAAAUUAGCAGGAAAGUUACUAAAGGAUGUAAAGAGACUAAAAGAAGAAAUUGCAAACAGAAAGAGAGCAAAGCAAGCAGCAGCAGCAAGAAGCCGUCGCCCAGAAGGAGAAGAGAAUGUUUUACUCUGUCAAGCUUUGCGUACAUUUUUCCCAGAUCAGGAAUAUCUUCAGUCAAGCACUCUCACUUUGCAAGGCAAGCAGGUUCCUCUAUCACCCUGCACCACCGAGCAUGAGCAUGAGCUCAGUGUUGUGGAUGAAUUAACACUGAUGGUAGAAAGCUCUGAUGAAGCUCCAGAAGAUGAAAAAAGAGGUGAAGCUAAGCCUGAACCUCUUGAGUUAGGUGAUGAGAAACUACAAGUGUUAGAAUUUGAGCUUAAAAGAGGGGAUGAAAGCGGUGAUCAGGAGAAAGUACUGGCAGCCAGUGUAGGGCCAGAUGAGGAGGUUGAGGAUAUUGAAUAUCAAAAGUCACCGACUUUCUGA